AAGUGAACAAGAGGAUGCUAGAUGCUUGAUUCUAAGAGGAGUACAAAGGCAAACGUAUCAGAAAGAGAUUGAUCUGUUGAGUCAAGGAAAACAACUUCCAAGUAACAGUAAACUUCAUUACUUGGAUGCCUUCAUAGAUGCCAAAGAUGGUAUGAUCAAAGUGGAGGUAGACUAAAUCGCUCAUCGGACGCUGACUCAUUUAAGCAUCCACUAAUCCUUCCUAAAGAGCAUCAUGUAACCAAGUUGAUAAUAGCACACUGUCACGAAACUGUAAAACAUCAAGGCAAGGGUUUCACAACAAAUGAAAUCAGAUCGUGUGGCUAUUGGAUACCUGGAAUAAAUCGAGCGGUCUCAUCUUACAUUCGCAACUGUGUAACAUGUAGAAGACUGAGAAGACCUGCUGAAGGACAAAGGAUGAGCGAUCUUCCCUCAGAACGCGUAGAGCCUUCUCCACCUUUUAUGUAUUGUGGAAUGGACUGCUUUGGUCCUUUUGUGACUAAAGAAGGAAGGAAACAUCACAAACGGUAUGGUCUGCUUCUAACAUGUCUGUGUUCAAGAGCUAUUCAUAUAGAAAUGUUAGAAGAUAUGUCCACAGAUGCGUUUAUUAACAGUCUAAGGUGCUUUAUCGCAAUUCGAGGCACAGUACGACAGAUCAGAUGUGACCAAGGUACCAAUUUCGUAGGUGCAAAGAAUGAACUGAACUUGGCACUGCAGGAGCUCGAUCCAGAAAGGCUCUCUACUUUUCUGACCGACAAACAAUGUGAUUUCGUUUUGAAUGCACCCCAUUCUAGUCAUGCAGGGGGUGUAUGGGAACAGCAAAUCAAAACUGUAAGGAGUGUUCUUAGUGCUACCAUCACCCUUUCAGCAGGCAGGCUAGAUGAUGCUUCAUUGCGCACCUUGCUUUAUGAAGCCAUGGCAAUAAUCAAUAGUCGACCCCUUACAGUUGACAACCUGAAUGACCCCAAGAGCUUAGAACCACUCACACCUAAUCAUCUGAUUACCAUGAAAUCCACCACAGCCCUACCUCCACCAGGAAAGUUCAUAAGAGAGGAUGUGUAUAUGAGGAAGAGAUGGAGACGUGUGCAGUAUCUUACUGAACAGUUUUGGAGCAGAUGGAAAAAAGAGUAUCUCCACAACAUCGCUGCUCGACAAUGCUGGCAUGCUCCAAAAAGGAACUUUCAAAUUGGUGACAUAGUCAUGGAUAUCGAUGAAACCUUACCAAGGAGUGAAUGGAGGCUUGGAAGGAUUACUGAGACUGUUCUGAGUUCGGAUGGACUGGUAAGAAAGGCCAAAAUAGCACUUGGUGACAAAGGACUAAACAAGAAAGGAGAACGAGUUCAUAAAACCUCAAUAGUAGAAAGGCCAGCUCAGAAGUUGGUCUUAUUAUUGGAAGCGGAGUGAAUGCAUCUUCAAAAGGACUUUAUUGCACUUGAUGCACACAAGAGUUAUAAGUGAAAUUAGUCAUGUUUGAGAAACAUUGAUAAUUUGGUGGGAGUGUAACAGGCUUUAAUAAGAGUUAAUUUUAAUUUAUUUUGUUUGGUGUUGCCUUUGUAAUAUUUAAUGUUUAAUGACCAAAUUAUUUUCGUUGUUUAUGGGGGACUUUUAUUUUGAAACAAAAUCAGCUUUUCACAACGCACGACGCUAAAGAAAAGGGGAAUGGGAGAGUGAACGCUUCAUGACGGCUUAAAACUCGUUCACGAAAGGGAUGUAACAAGUUUAUUUAGCAACCCCCCGAAAAGGCAUAAGCUCUUACGGUGAUUUCUGAAGACGAAAGGGAACAGAAAUAAAAGUCUGGAAACAUCA